AUCCAUGGACAGAGCCCAACUCAGCCAACUUACAGACAGGCUAUAAGCAGUCCGUGCUCCUUCUACUGCGACCUGCCAGCGGGAGCCGCGUCUCCGAGCAUGGAGCGGAGGAGUGAGAGCCCCUGCCUGCGGGACAGCCCCGACAGAGGCAGCGGCAGCCCCGAUGUCAAAGGGCCCCCCCCCGGGAAGGUGGCCAGGCUGGAGCAGAACGGCAGCCCCAUGGGCACCCGCGGGAGGCCCAACGGCGCCGUCACCAAGCCCGUGGGAGGUUUGAUGAUUCCAGUCUUUUGUGUGGUGGAGCAGUCAGACGCCUCUCUUGAAUACGAUAAUCGAGAAGAGCAUGCUGAGUUCGUUCUGGUUCGCAAAGAUGUGCUCUUUAGCCAGCUGGUGGAGACAGCGCUCCUGGCUCUGGGGUAUUCCCACAGUUCUGCAGCUCAAGCACAAGGAAUAAUCAAGCUUGGGAGGUGGAAUCCCCUCCCUCUCAGUUAUGUGACUGAUGCACCAGAUGCGACAGUAGCCGACAUGCUACAAGAUGUCUAUCAUGUUGUGACGUUGAAAAUCCAAUUACAAAGUUGUUCAAAGUUGGAAGACUUGCCAGCAGAGCAGUGGAACCAUGCCACAGUUCGCAAUGCCUUAAAGGAACUGCUCAAAGAGAUGAAUCAGAGCACAUUAGCCAAAGAAUGCCCUCUCUCACAGAGUAUGAUUUCAUCCAUUGUAAAUAGCACAUACUAUGCCAAUGUGUCAGCAACCAAGUGCCAGGAGUUUGGGAGAUGGUACAAAAAGUACAAGAAGAUUAAAGUGGAAAGAGUGGAAAGAGAAAACCUUUCAGACUAUUGUGUUCUUGGUCAACGUCCCAUGCACUUACCAAAUAUCAACCAGCUGGCAACCUUGGGAAAAACUAACGAACAGUCUCCUCAUGGCCAAAUUCACCACAGUACUCCAAUCCGAAACCAAGUGCCAACGAUGCAGACAAUGAUAAACCCUGGGCUCCUGUCUCCUCAGCUCAGUCCCCAACUGGUGAGGCAGCAGAUAGCAAUGGCCCAUCUGAUAAACCAACAGAUUGCUGUCAGCCGGCUAUUGGCUCACCAGCACCCACAAGCUAUCAACCAGCAGUUCUUGAAUCAUCCACCCAUCCCUAGAGCUGUCAAACCAGAGCCAUCAAAUUCAUCGGUGGAAGUCUCUCCAGAUAUUUACCAGCAAGUCAGAGAUGAGCUGAAGAGAGCCAGUGUGUCUCAAGCUGUCUUUGCAAGAGUAGCAUUCAACCGCACACAGGGCUUGUUGUCAGAGAUCCUGCGUAAAGAAGAAGACCCUAGGACAGCUUCCCAGUCCCUCCUCGUAAACUUAAGGGCAAUGCAGAAUUUCCUCAACUUGCCUGACUCGGAGCGGGAUCGUAUCUAUCAGGACGAGAGAGAGAGAAGUAUGAACCCCAACGUGAGCAUGGUGUCUUCAGCUGCCAGCAGCCCAAGCUCCUCCAGAACCCCCCAGGCCAAAACCUCGACACCAACAACAGACCUCCCCAUUAAGGCGGACGGCGCCAACGUCAACAUCACAGCUGCCAUUUAUGACGAGAUCCAACAGGAGAUGAAAAGGGCCAAGGUAUCUCAAGCUCUGUUUGCCAAAGUGGCUGCCAAUAAAAGUCAGGGCUGGCUGUGUGAGCUGCUUCGCUGGAAAGAAAACCCGAGUCCAGAAAACCGCACCCUUUGGGAGAACCUCUGCACUAUUCGCCGCUUCCUGAACCUUCCCCAGCAUGAAAGGGAUGUGAUCUACGAGGAAGAGUCCAGACAUCACCACAGUGAGCGUAUGCAGCAUGUUGUCCAGCUCACUCCUGAGCCCGUGCAGGUGCUGCACAGACAGCAGUCCCAGCCUGCGAAGGAGAAUUCCCCACCCAGAGAAGAGGCUCCUCCUCCACCCGCUGAGGACAGUUGUGCCAAAAAGCCAAGAUCCCGUACCAAGAUCUCCUUGGAAGCUCUAGGUAUCCUGCAAAGCUUUAUCCACGACGUGGGUCUCUACCCUGAUCAGGAAGCCAUCCACACCCUCUCUGCUCAGCUGGAUCUCCCCAAACACACCAUCAUCAAAUUCUUCCAGAACCAACGUUACCACGUAAAGCACCACGGGAAGCUAAAAGAGCAUUUGGGAACGGUGGUUGACGUGGCAGAGUACAAGGAUGAGGAGCUGCUGACGGAGUCAGAGGAGAACGACAGCGAGGAAGGCUCUGAGGAAAUGUACAAAGUGGAGCCUGAGGAGGAGAACCCCGACAAAAGCAAGGCGGCUCCAGCGGACAUCGACCAGAGAUAAUGUGAGAUAGGAGCGCA